AUUCACCAUAUUCACUAUUUAAUGGCAACAGACACACACUGCACGUGCCACAGAUGUCUAAAAAGGUCAUAGAGCAACUCCUGCUACCAUGUUGGUGUAUUAUGAGUCAAUCACUAUCCUUGGCAGCCUUGCUAUUGGCUCACAGGUUAACCAGUUACAAAACGACCAGAAUGUCUCGUCAUGCAAAGCAGCACCUGUGAGUUUCUCACACUCAAACAGUCCCUCAUAGACUUCCACUUCAAAUACAUGCUAUAGGACGCGAGUGUUUGGCUGUAGCUGAUUAAAAAAUACCUCAAUCUUGAAAAAAGAAAAGCCAACUGGAACUCUAGGCCAAACAUUUGGUCAUCGUCGCGGUCACGUGUAUUGUAACUCAACCGCUCAUCGUUACCUGAAAAUGGGUUUGCGAGGUGUUGGCUUUCUCCUCCAGUGUUACCUGGUGUUGGCGGCGGGCAUGUAUUUUGAUCUCGACGAGCAGGAGGAAAAAUGCAUCAUCGAGGAGAUUCCUGAAGACACGCUGGUCACCGGUCAUUUCUUAUUGGAGCCUUGGGAUUUGAAGGCUCUCACCCACUCCGCUCACCUCGGCGUCACUGCGACAGUCAAAGACCCGAAUCAUGAGGUCCAGAUGUCCAAACGUUACGGUAAAUUCGGUAAAUUCACCUUCACAGCUCACGCCUCUGGCCAGCACUACCUCUGCUUCCAGACCAACUCCACGAGGUUUUCUGUCUUUGCUGGAGAGAGGCUGAAGCUACAUUUGGACGUUCAGAUGGGAGAGCACUCGACUGACCACCACGCUGUGAAGACCAAAGACAACAUGGAGACUCUGGAGAACAGCCUGACCCACCUCAUAGAUCAGAUGAUGUACAUCACCAGGCAGCAGGAGUACCAGAGGGAGAAAGAGGAGGUGUUUCGGCAGAUCAGCGAGAACACCAACGGUAAAGUGCUGUGGUGGGCCGUGGUGCAGACCUCCAUCCUGCUGUCGGUCGGGUUCUGGCAGAUGAAACGACUCAAGGACUUCUUCGUCGCCAAGAAGCUGGUCUGACGAUGAUGAUGACCUCUGACCUGUCAGCUCUGCCCAUA